AUGUAUUACGGGCAGUGUUCAAAGGAUGUUAUGCGGCCAUCCGCUCAAGGUGCAUGUCCGUAUCGGACCGAUCUUAUCCCGACCAAAUACUGUUGGGUGAUUCGCAAAGUGAUUCAGCUUAGACCGGUGCACUACCUACAGUUGCGGCAACAGAAAGAAAUGCAAAAUCCAACGAGAAUUGGCGCGUUGGGUAUCGGAGGUUUACAUUUUGGAUAG